AAUUCCCAAGAGAUCAAUGCCUGCUACUAUUCUUAAACUGGUAAACACCCAUCGUUUGUUGCCCCCAGCCUUCAAGGAUUGCUCUGUGUUAAGCUGACAAUUUGACAUAGGCAAGAGUUUGGGUUUCUGGAUUGUGAAAUUUGGGCUCUGAGGAAUUGGGGAAUGAGAUUCUGAGGAAGAUUAGGGUUCUUGAUUCUUGAAGACUAGAGGGCCAUGGAUAGGGGACCAUAUGAGACCACAUCCCAAUUUAACUUUGAGGAUGAAACCCCACCAAUCUUUCCUAAUCCAAAUCUGGUUAACUGGCAAAAUUUAGGGGUUGAAGGUCUAUCCACUUUCUCUUAUCCAACUUCGAUGGCGAAUGAGGGAGUUUGUGAGACAUUGGUGGAUCGGAACGAAGAAAUGGGAAAUCUAAAUAAUGAAGAAGCCCCAGUGCCUCAAUCUGGUCAGAGGUUAAAUGUAGUAAACUUAUUGAAUGAAGACGGUGGAUAUGAAGAUUAUGAUCUUAGGGAUCAAAUGCUUAAGUGGAUUAAUCAGAUGCUAAUGGAAGAUAACGUGGAAAAGCAGGCCUACAUGUUUCGACAGUCUGCUGCCCUUAAAGAUGCAGAAAGAUCAUUUUACGAGCUUAUUGGGGAGGAGUACCCGCCAUCCCCGAAUCUUCACAGAGUUCCUGAUUUGGAUCGAAAUGAAAACUAUGGUGAUAGCAGUUAUUAUGGAUCGGGAGACAAUGGUAACGAUGAUUCAUUAUGUCCUAACUGGGAUUCCAAUCCCCGUGACCAUGUUCCUGUCGGUGUUGCUUCGAGUACUACUUCUCAGUCAUCCUCAUCGCUUGGCCAAGGCACCGUAAAUGAUGGGACUGUGGACUUUGCUACGAGUACAAUUACAAUUCCUGAUAUAUCCAAUUGUAUUGAAUCUGUUGAGAAAGGAGUUAGGGAAGCGAGUUCGUUCCUUCCUACUCGCAAUAGCUUGCUCGUUGAUGGAGUUGGGGUGGAGAAGAAUACCGGGAAUCAGGACUUGCUUGAAGGGCGAAGAGGAAAGAAAAAUAUGUUUCGUGAAGAUAUGCAUUUGGCCGAAGAGAGAUGUUACAAGCAAUCAGCAAUUUAUGUUGAACCAAGCGUUAAACAAGAAGAGUUUGACGAGGUGUUAUUAUGCAGUGAAGAGGACGAAUCCAAUCUUUGUCAUUCCUUGCGGAGUGUUUCGUGUGAUUCGAAGGGUUCUAAUAGGAAGAAAUCGAGUGGAUCUAAACGAGCUGUGGUAGACUUUCGAUCUCUCUUGACGCUUUGUGCACAAGCUGUAGCUGUCGAGGACAUAAGGACUGCCAACGAUUAUUUGAAGCAUAUCAGACAACAUUCGUCUCAAACCGGAGACGAUAUGCAGAGGCUGGCGCAUUAUUUUGCUGACGCUCUAGAGGCAAGGAUAGCGGGAUCCGGGACGAGAAUAUAUAAAGCACUGGUGAAAUAUCCUAGGUAUGCUGCUAGGGCUUUGAAAGCUUUCCACCUCUAUCUUUCUUCUUGUCCAUUUAGGAAGAUCGCUAAUAUGUUCUCGAACAAGACCAUCACAACUCUAGCCCAGAACGCUUCAUCACUGCACAUUAUCGAUUUUGGGAUUGGUACUCUUUUCGGCUUUCAAUGGCCUUGCUUAAUACAACAUCUCUCAUCUAGGCCCGGUGGACCUCCCAAGCUUCGUAUAACCGGGAUUGAUUUUCCACAGUCAGGUUUCCGGCCAGCAGAGAGGGCUGAGGGGACAGGGCGACUUUUAACUUAUUAUGCUCAGAAGUUCAAUGUUCCAUUCGAGUUUAAUGCUAUAGCAAAGAAGUGGGAAACAAUUACAGUCGAGGAUCUGAAGAUCAUUGAGGGCGAGGUGCUCGUAGUGAACUGUCUGUAUCGACUUAGGAACCUUCUCGACGAUACAGUGGUUGUAAACAGCCUCAGUCCGAGGGAUACUGUUCUGAAACUAAUCCACGAUGUCCAUCCAGAUGUUUUCAUACACGGGAUUCUCAACAGUGCUUGUAACGCCCCCUUCUUUACAUCUAGAUUUCGGGCAGCUCUUUCUCAUUACUCAGCUGUGUUCGAUAUGCUUGAGGCCACUAUUCCCCGCGAAGUUCAUGAGAGGAUGCUGAUCGAGAGCUACAUAUUUGGUCAGCAAGCCAUGAACGCGAUUGCAUGUGAAGACACUGAGAGGGUCGAGAGGCCAGAAACGUACAAGAUGUGGCAGGCCCGGAACACGAGGGCUGGAUUCCUUCAGCUUCCUUUGAACCGGGAGAUCGUGAAGAUGUCGAUGCAUAUGUUGAAGUUAUACCACAAGGAGUUCGUGAUCGAUGAAGAUGGACACUGGCUGCUUCUGGGAUGGAAGGGACGCGCCUUAUUUGCGCUUUCAUCAUGGAAACCAGCUUAGUUAAUUGACUUAGUUCAGAUUACUCGACCUCUAGCAGACUUAACUCUCCUUCUUGGCUUCUAAUCCCCUUGUUUGUGACCAGGGAAACCCGCAGUCACUAUGCGAGGGUGUGUACUGGGUAACCCCCCUUGUGAUGCUUUUACUGAUUGCAUGGCAUGGCGAGUUCGACAAUGUUAGAAUUUGCUAAUGGUUUUGACAUCCAUGUUCCUGGAAUUCUUGACUGGUUUUUAUGUCCGAGUGAACCUUAAAACUGGUUUUUCUCCUCAAGAUUUGAGUGGAAUGUGAAUGCAUUCAUUGUGAGUGGAAAGCAUUCAUAUUGUGUCUAUGUGAAUGCAGCCACUCCAAUUGUAUC